GGAUGUUCAAAGAAGGCGUUCUGUGCCUUCAAGGACAUCGCUAAAACAGAGAGACGCCGUGUGCUUCGUGUCUUCAUUUUAUCGCAAACAUUCGAGCACCAAGACCGUCCGUCCUCGCCCGUGCUGACAGACAAGGUUGUUUCCGCAAGAACAGUGGCAGAGACGGCAUUCAUUUCCCUAUCGACCUUUACUUUCGGACGAGCGCGUCUCUGCGUUUAUUUCCCUUCAUUUGUCGGCUGCUCUUUGACGCACUGUCCUCACUCAUGUGCCUUUCCACCCUUCUGGCGUCUAAAUCCUGGCUAACUGCUUUUUUUUCUGGGAAGAGCGAGCUCGCCUCUCGUGUCCGCCGAAUGCUUUUUAGAGAAUUUUCUGGGCUCUCCUGCGAGAUUUCGCUCCCCUGGUCGCUUUUCGCGUCUUUUCUAGUUCAUACGUUACAGUGUCUUCGCGAGACGGCUUCGGUUGCAGAGGCUCCUCGUCGGCUGCCAGUUGUUACCGCUUCUUUUUCCUCCGGCGUUUCUGCCGUUUUUCCUUUACGAGACACCCGCUUUCUCUUUGAGCGUCCCACCCACCCGGCUAGCUGGAACUUUGUCAAUUCGAGGGCGACGUAUCGCAUCUUCGUCGUCCGGGUUCGACGGCUCUCGUGCGACGUCUCUACUAGAAGUGACCCUCAGUGUGUCGGUGCGUUUGAUCUCGCAUCUUUCUUCGCAGUUCGUCCUCGUUCUUCCUCACGCGUUUCACCGAAGCCAUGGUUCUCGACGUCAACCGACACACAGAAGCAAGCGUUCUCCCGCAAACUCCUUAGAUCACAUCGUUGUCGCUGUGGAAUUGUGCGUGUCUCUCAAUAACUAGCUGAGUUAGUGUACAAUAGAACAAGUCGCUCGUUCGAACGAGUCGCUGGGACUCUUUCUUUCGCUGCAUGCAAACGGGCAACUGUGUCUGGGGAGUGGCGGUGCGGCUCUUCAGUUUCUUUCAGCCACAUUCGUCGUGAACCUCCCAGCCGAAAAUGCAGGGGCUCUGUUAGCUUCCGCAUGCCGUCUUGAGACGAGAAAAACGUCACGUGUGCCUCCAGGGGAUCCAGACCCAAAAGGCAAGAUGGACGAACAGAGAGGAAGACGAAGGUCGCGGAGAUGCCCCAUUCUCUUACGACGGCUCUCGCACCCCGACGCCGGCGACUCCCAUCUGGUGUCUGUUCCUGAGAGACGCUCGGCCGCCUCCUGCUUCCGCGCAGUUUCGCCCUCUCUACUGGUUGUUUCGCCUUUCUUUGCGCAGGGACGAGAGGCCUCGCCUCGCUUCUCUCCCGCAGUCCACUCGUCUUCUGCAUGUUGCCAGCCGGUACCCUUCUGUUUCUCUUCGGUGCGAACAUCGCAGACGCGCCUCACGUCUCAGCCGCUUGUCCGCUUCCUUUCCGGUUCUCUCUUCUUCUUCCUCUGCAUCCUCGAGUGUCUCUCCUUUGCUGCAGAGGCUCGCGUUGUCGUCGUCUACCCCGACACGCUGACCUCGUACCCCCCGAUCCUGGAGACUUACUUCGCGCCGUGGUCCGCGAACUUCACCUCUGUGUCGGGGCGGCUGCGGUACUUCACUAAAACCUGCGACUUGGAGCACUACUUCUACCGGGAUGUGUCUGACCUUGAGGCAGACCCGUCGUCGCUCUUCAAGGAACUUCGCGCGCUUCACUUCUUCCCGCCUGACCGGCCUUCCGCGCCCCUCGCGCAGCUCGACGCCCGAGACGGCCCUGUCCCCUUUGGCGCUCCAAGGAGCCCUGACGGAGACACCUCCGGACAGGCCGCGGGCCUCUUUCGUGGGGCCUUUCGCCGCCUGCAAGAGGUGCUUCUGCCCCAAAUUUUGACGAGUCUCCCUUGGGGCACAGUCAACUCUCAGGAAGCUCGGGCUUCAUCUUCGGUCGCGAGCGUUGACGCGACUGGUGACGGGGGCGGUGCACACCCAGGGACGCGGCAAACCGAAGCUGCGGACGGCGUCUCCUCAGAGAGAGGAUCACGACCAGUUGAAAACAACCUGAGAGAAGACAGAUCUGCUGUUGAGGCAGGUGCCGACAAUGUCAAAGACUCCACAAGUCGCAGGCCUGCAGGGUUUCACAGGCCAACUGACGACGUGAAACGCGAUACGGAUCUCUCGCCUUCUUCCGAGACAGACUUUCAGACUCUCCACUCCCUCGCAUCUUCUUCCUCGUCUCCACCCUCUUCUUCUGUCUCAUCUGCUCCCUCUUCUUCUUCUUUUAGGGAGUGUUCAGAAUGCACGGAGAGUCGAGGCGCGUCACCGGAGGCUUCCUGGAUUUCUCAGUGGGCGUUUCCUGGCGUGUCUCUCUUCGGAGACGUGACGCAUGUGCCUCUGGCCUCGCACCUUCCUGCAGCACACUACGUUCUCAGUCGACGUGGACUCUUCUCUCACGACCGCAGAGCGCCUGUCGCGGACUCGUCAGCUUCUUCUGGGUUUUCUUCUCUCCAUGCGCUGCUCGCGAUGGAUUCGUCGACCACACCUUCCUUCCUCUUUCCUGCCCAGCCCAGCCACCUGUCGACUUCCGCGACGCUGGGGGUCUCAGAGCCCAGGGGCAGAAGGCCCGUUGGCGGGGAGACUCCGGGGUACCCAGGAGAGCCUGCAAGAGAAGCAAACCGGCAACGAGAGAGGUCAGAAGAUUCUUCUUCUCCCUCGUCGCUUUCUUCACUCUGGCGGUCGCUCUUCGGUGCGGCAAGAAGUUCGCUUUCUGCGUCGGUGUCGAAGGUUCGUUUCAUCCCAACUUGGGGCGAGGUGGCUUCCACGCGUGCGGGGCUUUCCCCUGGCCGUCCGUGGCUCUUUGAGCCUUUGGACGAAGAGCGCAAAGUUGACAGUUCGCCUGCGGGGCGGGAGACCGACGCUGCGCCUUCUCGCUUCUCUUCCUUCGCCGCGUGGUCGCCUGUGGAGCCCCAGGCGGCGGCGCUUGGAGCCCCAGCCGCGGCUGCCGGGGCGGGGGGCUCGUCCUUUGCGCCCCCAGAGCUUCGGGGGGCCGGAGGAGACACUGCCCUGUCUCCGAGCGAAGAGGAACCGGUGCGUUUCGAUUUCAGGGGUCAGGUCCUUUGGUUUUUCGACCAGUGCAACAACCCGGAGGACGUCCAGCGGCUGGUGCACGCCGCGAACACGAACGGCGCCGGGGCGUUGAUUUUCACGAACACGACUUUCGCAGGUUACGGGGCUCGGCCCUCGCUCUCUUCUUUCGAGGGCUGGAAGAAGCUGGUAACGUCGGUUCCAGGCCCUCCGCAGCCGCGGAUGCCGGUUCUCUCUGUGCCCGACACGCGUCUCAGCCGGGAGAUCAAGAGCCGCCUUCGAGCGGGCGACGUCGUCGAAGUGGACGUCGACAUGCUCCCCGCCGACUAUGUCAACUGCGCAGUUCUGGAGCCUGUGAAGUGGGCUUCGCUGGUCUUCGUUCCGCUGUGGGGAACCCUGACGCUGCUCUGGUACACGGUCUGCAACUGUGUUCACACCUACGAGGUGAGUCCACUGCACCGGCUGCUGCUUCUUCCACCGCUGCUGAAAACCACGUUCAUGGUAACGGCCUUCGGCUUCUACGCCCAGUGCCCCAACUACUUGGGCGCCUCGACCCAGUACAUCCUGAUGGCGUACAUGGGCCUCAACACGAUCUUCAACACCAUAUUCUACGGGAUUCUUCUUCUCCUCGCCAAGGGAUUCAUGGUCACGCGGGAAGCGUUCGGACGCAAGGAAAGCCUCUCCCUCGCCGUCCUCGUGAGCUUGGUUUACAUUGUGACGUCCGUCAACCAGGUCGAAGAAGCUGAAACUCUCCCCGCUCUUCUGUUUCUCUACGUGGCUCUGAUGGCGACGGUCCUCAUGUCAGCCGCUCGCAAUAUCCGGCACCUCGAGCUCCGACUGGCCUACGUCCGUCUGGUACAAGUUCAGGACUGGGAGGAGGCGUUGAACGUGAAGUUGGAGAUGUUUCAGAGUCUCUACCGAUUUGCAGCCGCCUUCUUCUUCCUGCAGAUCCUACAAAAACUCUUCCUCUUCGAACUCCUCGAUCGCCAAGACCUCUCGGAAAUCUCAGGCAGCGCGCUGGAAUGGAUCUUCUUCAUCGGCAUCGCUGCUGUCUUCAGACCUCGAGAGGAAAUCCGAUACUUUUCUCUCAUGCAGCGAACUCCGGAGACCCACACCAUCCUCCCGAUGUACGCGGCGGGACCGUACGCGGCGAGAGUCGCGGAAGGCGGCGAGGAAAGGCUGUUUGAAGGAGAUCCGUCGGUUUCUCUGCUGGCUGCCGAGCCCAGCGAGCCGCUGCCGAGUGUAUGGACCCGCAUGAGAGUCGCGUGUUGUCGCUUUCUCCGGGGUUUGGCGCCUGGCCUUCAGCGCGACGGCGAAGCUGGCGGACGCAGUUCGGAGGAAGCAGAUGGCGUUGCGGUGGACAUGCUGCCCUGUGGAGAGGGAAUCCGGCCUCGCGGGAGCCCCAUUGUCAUUUUAAAUCCUGCAGCAGAAGAAGAGGAACCGACAGGCUAUUUGUCACUGCACAAUCUCGCUGUCGGCACGCUGGUUCCGACGCCCCGGAAACUCGCACCAGACGAAAAAAGAAAUCGUCUCAGCAACUCUUCGGAACAAAGCCAGUUCCGAAGAGUGUCUCUCUCAGCUACGUCUCAACAGAAUGGAGAGUCACGGCCUGCGUCCGCUGCUCCCAGCGGCGACUCUUCGCCGCCAGAACCCAGCGCGUAGUGCCUUUCGUAAAACAGAGAACUGUCACACACCAUGUUGGAGAGAAGUUGCCAGAGGUCCGCAAUCAUUGUAUAGGCACAAGCCUCACGUUUUGGGGUUGCGAUGGCGAAGACGCAUAAACAAUGGAAUGGGUGUAGGAAGGUCAGGGGAGAGGCAUUCUUCCAGGUCCACAGACACAUAAAUCAUCGUUUCUGCCGCGGGUUUACCAACAUAUGCAACAUCUUAAUCGAACUUUCGCGCGCAAGUCAUGUCCCGGUCUUCAUAAUCUCCCGCUACAGUUUUAGAAGGGGAGACAGUGCAGAGCGGGAUUUUUUUGCGGCAGCAACAUCAGGUAUUUUCUUGGAAAGAGGCGCAAGUAGGAAAACAGGCUCCAGAUAACGAGAGCGGGAUGGGAUUGCUGUCUUUGCUAGAGUUUCAGGGGCACACUUUUGGCGGUUCCCCAUUUAGUGUACGUCUUGCUUCAUUGGUUGGUUGUUGGACAGGUAAACGGGAAGCCGGGUUUUGCCCAGAGUUCGUUUCGAGAGGUGGUCUUUUAGGGAUGUGAUUCACGUUUUGAACACAUGCGGAAGUCUCUCCUGUGAAACGCGUCUUUUGCCGGAAAACUCUGCUCUUUCGUAGAUCGAUGUUUCUUUCGUCGUGAGUCACUCAACAGAGAUAUCGCAUUUGACACAGUGUGUGUGCUCUUCGACAUCGAGAGUGAAUGCCGAGACUACGUGAAACAAGGUUACCGGCGAACAACGGGAA